AUGGCGAAUCGACUUUGGCUAAAGGAAAAGUUCGCCUCGUUCAAGUAUGCAGCUUCAAGCAUGAGCGGUCAUGUCAUGGAGAUGGAGGACCUCGUGAUGAAGAUGAAGCGCGCGAACUGCGGUCCGAGUGAAGAGGACGUGUGCGCAGUACUGUUGCGGAGUCUACCUUCAAGCUUCGAGAGCUUGGUACAGGCAUUCCGCAUGUCCGUCGCAAGCUUCAGUUUCAGUGACCUCGUGAGCAAGUUGAUCGCCGAAGAAGUGCGCCAGAAUGAGGCUGCACGGGUAGAAGAUGCGACGGCGCUCUACGCAGGCAAGAGGAAGGGUAAGCAGUACCCGAAGAAGCAACAAGUACGGCGCGCGAAGGGACCAUCAGGGACCUGCUACAACUGUGGCAAGGUCGGACACUACGCCAGAGAUUGUCGCUCUGGUCGAGGGCCAAGGGAGUAG